UUUUGCUUUUACAUUGUUUUCUGCAUAAUUUAGGUUUACACUAGCAUUUUGCUACUUUUAGCCUUUAGUUAGCAUUCUGCUUCUUUUAGCUUUAGACUGGCAUUUUGCUAUGUUUAGCCUUCGGCUAGAGUUCUGCAUAUUUCAGUAUUUAGCCAGCGUUUUGCUUAAUUUAACUUWCAGUUAGCCUUUUUGCUACAUUUAGCGUUCAGCUAGUGCUCUGCAUAUUUUAGCUUUUAGCCAGCCUUUGUUCUCUGAAAAUCACAGUUGUAAAUAAAYGGUUCUUAAAUCUGGCUGCAGCAGUUUUUCAGAAAAUGACGCUGGUGGAGCUCCUCUGAGUUUCACUUCCUGUUUUCUUCCUGACUGAGCUGCAGUCGAUUCUGUGAAAACAGCUCUGAACUGMCCGCUGCGCCUCAGGACCACAGAUUUCUGAAGAUGGCCCUCYGGUGGCUCGGCUGCUGUAUGGCAGCGUUAGGCCUCCUGGUCCACCUGGACCUGGUUCAGAUGCAGAUGUCCUGCACUGGAGGGGUUCCAGGGAUCCCUGGGAUCCCCGGCAGUCACGGACCCGACGGGGUGGACGGUGGGAGAGGGGAGAAGGGAGAUCCAGGUGAGGCAGGUCAGCCCGUCAGGGGCCAGAAAGGCGCACAAGGUCUAAAGGGCCAACCAGGACGACAUGGUUUGAAAGGGGACAUGGGUCUGAAGGGGAAAUCUGGACACCAAGGCCAGAAGGGGGAGAAGGGGAGACCAUUUAAUCCCACCAACCGUCAGAAAUCCUUCUUCUCCUACAGACGAGCCAUUUCCCAGUCACCUGAUUUAGACACAACCCUCGAUUUCAACAGCAAGAUUUUGCCUGACCUGGACUCUCAGUUUCAAGGAGAAACUCUGACAAACGGGACGUUCGUGAGUAAAAUCAAAGGCGUCUAUUUCUUCAGCUACCACAUUUCAGCAAAAAGCAAAGUGUGCCUGAAAGUGAUGAAGGGCAGCGACACUCACAUGACCCUGUGCGACACGUCUGCGGGGUUCCUGGUCAUCUCCGGCUCAACUCUCCUGGAGCUGCAGGUCGGAGACACGGUUUCUCUGCAGAUAACGAAGUUCAACAAUAUCGUGACGACCCAGGGGAGCACCAGCCACACUUUCACCGGCUUCCUGAUCUUCCCCACAGCCUAA